AUGACCCCUAACGAACAAGGCCGGCCAUAUACAUCCCCCGCAGUGAAGCUCGAUUCUUCGACUUACAUCCAGGAUUCGGCCACGAUUGCGGUAGAGCUAGAGAAGCGGUUCCCUACCCCUUCGCUGUACCUAGACUCGCCUACUCUGCCCCGGGCAUACGCCGCCGUUACCGCUGUAUUGGUGGUCUACCGUCCCGUCUUGAUGUGCAAGGUUAUUCCCAAUCUUCUCACUGAGAGAAGUGCCGAGUACAUCGCCCGUACGAGAGCUGAGCCACUCAAGAUGGCACUCGAGGAGUAUGCGCGAGGAGACGCUGAACAGCUGGCUCUCACGAGGGCACAGGGUCCACUCGAGGAUUUGGCGGCGCUGGUCAAGGAGAGAGGAGGUCCGUUUGUGAUGGGUACAACUCCAUCGUAUGGCGACUUUGUGAUUGCGAGUUUCUUGUACUACAUUCGAAGGGUUGACCAGGACAUUUAUGACGGGAUGGUCGCAGUAGACACGGCACUCUCUGGGCUUUUCGAAGCAUAUGAUGGGUGGCUUGUUAGCUUCGUCAACGACCUGGAGACACGGGUGGAAUGGCUGGAGUCCAUUAUUCGCAAGAACCUCCCAAGCAUCGAUCUGAACCGUGUCCCGAACGAUCGAUCGGUUGGAACCAAGAACGAAGCAUCCAGGGAGGCCGACUGGCCUCACUCGCGACAAGAGAACGAUGUUCAUAGCGACUCUCCAAGGGAAGAUGACGCUCUCCGCGAAAUCGUCGACCAGGUGGGCCUUGUGUCUGUAUCCACAGGAGCAGACCUUCGUUACUUGGGUCCCUCCAGCGGAAUCUUCUUUACCAAGUUCGUAUUGGCAGGAUUGGGACGAAGAAUUCCGGCUGAAGAGCUGCCGCUUUCACAUUCAAUGGAUGAUGGCGGCGACGAACCCCCAGUCCCUACAGAUCUUCUCGUUGUCGAACCACGCGGCCUCCCCUCGGACUACAAGCACGCUAGAUGGUUGUCGGAUGCGUAUUUUAGGACUGUUCACCUGCAGUUUCCCUUCUUGCACGAGCCCACUCAUCUCAAGACGAUCCAGAGCAUGUACGAUGGCAGUGAUGUUGGAUCCGUCUCCGAAUUUCAAGUUUUCAUGGUCCUUGCAAUCGGCGCCACACUCCUCUCACGCCGAGCAAAAGUGCAGCUGUCUGCGGAAGGCUACUGUGCAUCAGCAAUGAGCCGUCUCGACAGUAUCCUCCAGAGAGCGUCUCUUCAAGGGGCUCAGUGCAUUCUGCUCUUGGAAAUGUAUACCAUCCACAAUGCGUCUUCUGGCCUGAGCUUGUGGACUCUUCAUCACCAUUGUCUCGCUACUGUUAUAGAGCUCGGAAUGCAGCGCGAUGUUCAAGGGAGCGUCUUUUCCUUUUUUGAGCAACAGAUGCGAACCCGAAUUUUCUGGUGUACCUAUACCGUCGACCGCACCCUGAGCACUCUAAUGGGGAGACCAGUCGGCUUAAUGGAUGAACAGUGCGAGCUGAGGUUACCGUUGGAUGUCGAUGACAUCGACCUCGAAUCAGACCAUCCCAAGUCAAGGCUGGCAGGGGAACCACUCACCAAGAUGUCUAGUGCAGUCCAUCUCUUCAGGCUGGCCAGAUUCAAUUCUGAAAUCAAAUGUGUGCUGUAUUGCGUGGAUCGACUGUAUCCGCCUUACACGACACCGGCCAUCACCAACGUCGAGAUUCCACGGCAUGAUCCGGAUGGCAGCAGCCAACUAUGCCGCGCUGAUAUUUUGUGCGAGAUCAAGUAUCACGAGCUUGUUAUGCUUGUCCUCCGACCUAGUCCGCUUUUCCAGCAUCCCUCCAAGGCAUCAAUACGGGAGUGCUUCUCGAGUGCUACGACGUGCUGCCUGCUCUAUCACAAUCUUUACACAACAGGCUCACUCCAGUAUAGCUGGAUUAGCGUCCAGUCUCUUUUCUUGUGUGUCAUUACUAUGUUUUAUUGUGUAUGGACUCCCGACGGUGUCGCCGACGAAGUGGAUCUCGAUGCCCUCACGCGAGCACUGAGGGCCGCGUCCGACGUUCUCAGCGCCACCGGAGAAUAUUGGCCUGAGGCGAAGAGGAGCCGCGACGUUUUGGAUCGCAUCUCGACAACCACCAUGCACCGGUUCACCAGAGAGUUCAACAAGUCUCCCAAUAGCCACAGAGGGCUGCUUGGAGUACAGUCAUUGGCGAGCACCUCUUCAGCCUUGGGCCGAGAACAGCCUGACCCACUCGAUUUGUCUCAUGCGCCGCAUGAUCUGCCAGGAUUCUCGUUAGAGGACGACGGAAAUACCGGCUAUGGUGACACAUUUUCUCCUUUCCUCUCUGAACCCGCAGACUCUUUUACUAGUGCCGACGUACUAUCCUACUUUAUGAGUUCCGAAGGAAACGUGAACCCGACCGACGUUGAGAUGUACGGAGAGGGCUACCCGAGCACAGACGAGGUUCUGAGAGGUUUCUUUGAAGACGGACUCCGUGAUUAUCGUCGAGGUCUCUAA